AUGAUUUUCUUCAUGGUUGCUGCUGAAUCGCGGUCGGUGAGACAGAAAACUCUCAAAAGAUUUGUUGAGCUCACCAGUUCUUUUGGUCUUUCCCAAGAGGUGAUGGCUCCUGGUUAUGGACUGGCAGAAAAUUGUGUGUUUGUUAGUUGUGCUUACGGUGAAGGGAUUCCCAUCUUGGUAGAUUGGCAAGGAAGAGUUUGCUGUGGAUAUGUGAAUCCAGAUGAUGCGGAUGUUGACAUUAGAAUAAUUGAUCCAGAAACCGGCAAAGAGCACGAAGAAGCUGGAAAGGAGGGAGAGAUAUAUGGAUUAGCAGUCCAAGUGCAGGAAUUGGAUACUGGGAGUUGCCUCAAUAAAAAGUACACAAGAACUGGUGAUUUGGGGCGGAUAAUUGAUGGGAAGUUGUUCAUCACUGGUAGAAUCAAAGAUCUUAUCAUUGUUGCUGGUAGAAACAUAUACUCGGCAGACGUAGAAAAGACAGUUGAGAGCUCAUCUGAACUUAUUCGCCCAGGUUGCUGUGCCGUCAUUGGGGUUCCAGAGGAAAUAUUGUCAACAAAAGGGAUAUCAGUUCCUGAUAGUUCUGAUCAAGUAGGCUUGGUUGUCAUUGCAGAGGUCAGAGAUGGUAAACCUGUUCCUAAACAUGCCAUUGAACAAAUUCAAACCCGAGUUGCAGAAGAACAUGGGGUCACUGUUGCUUCUGUUAAGCUAAUCAAGCCCAGAACCAUCAUUCACUGA